AUGUCAAAAAUCUUGUCAAGAGAGUGGAUUGUUUCGCACAGAACUGAGAUGUGGGUCCUGAUUCUGGUGGCACACUUGUUCCAAAGGAAUGUGGAUUCAGUACGCAUGCCGACUAAAGAUGUGGACCCUGAAGCGUUCAUGAAUAUUAGUGAAAUCAUCCGACAUCAAGGCUACCCCUGUGAGGAGUAUGAAGUUGCCACAGAAGAUGGGUAUAUUCUUUCCGUUAACAGAAUUCCUCAAGGCCUCGUGCGACUUAAUAAGACAGGCUCCAGGCCUGUGGUGUUACUGCAGCAUGGCCUGCUUGGAGACGCCAGCAACUGGAUUUCCAACCUGCCCAACAACAGCCUGGGCUUCAUCCUGGCAGACGCCGGGUUUGACGUGUGGAUGGGGAACAGCCGGGGCAACACCUGGUCUCGGAAACACAAGACCCUCUCCACAGACCAAGAUGAGUUCUGGGCUUUCAGUUAUGAUGAGAUGGCUAGGUUUGACCUUCCUGCAGUCAUAAACUUUAUUUUGCAGAAAACGGGCCAGGAAAAGAUCUAUUAUGUCGGCUAUUCACAGGGCACCACUAUGGGCUUUAUUGCAUUUUCCACCAUGCCAGAGCUGGCUCAGAAAGUAAAAAUGUAUUUUGCCUUAGCACCAAUAGCUACUAUUAAACAUGCAAAAAGCCCUGGGACCAAAUUCCUGUUGCUGCCUGAUAUGAUGAUCAAGGGAUUAUUUGGUAGGAAAGAAUUUCUGUACCAGACCAGAUUUUUCCGCCAGUUUUAUAUUUACCUUUGUGGCCAGAUGAUUAUUGAUCAGAUUUGUAGCAAUAUCAUUUUACUUCUGGGAGGAUUUAACACACAAAACAUGAACAUGAGCCGAGCAAAUGUGUAUGUUGCUCAUUCUCCUGCUGGAACAUCUGUGCAGAAUAUCCUACACUGGAGCCAGGUGGCAAAUUCUGGGGAACUCCAGGCAUUUGACUGGGGAAGUGAGACCAAAAAUCUGGAGAAAGGCAAUCAGCCAAGUCCUGUGAGGUACAGAGUUAGAGACAUGACGGUCCCCACAGCAAUGUGGACUGGAGGUCAGGACUGGCUUUCAAACCCAGAUGAUGUGAAAACACUGCUCUCUGAAGUGAACAACCUCAUCUACCACAAGAACAUUCCCGAAUGGGCGCACGUGGAUUUCAUCUGGGGUUUGGAUGCACCUCAUCGUCUGUAUAACGAAAUCAUACAUCUGAUGAAGCAGGAGGAGACCAGCCUUUCCCAGGGAAUGUGCAGGGUCAGACUCUGAAGCACCAAAUACUGACAUGUCUUCUGAAAAACCUCAUGGACGAUGGUGCUGGGGUCCACGAACAAAGGAUUUUAAGGAUUUCCAGAACUGGAAACCUAUGGUAUCAAUAGAAGGGAAGUAGAGAAGGGAGGGCAGAAAAUAUUACAUAUUCCUUCAAAUCUCUUGCAUUUGGUACU